CGCUGCUGAGGCUUUUCUUUUCUUGACCACACACCAGGGGAGAGCGCGAACGCAGUCCCCCACUACCACAAAUUAUGCAGUCGAGUUUCCCGCAUUUGGGGAAAUCGCAGGGGUCAGCACACCCGCAGUGCAAUGGAUGAGCCUCGCCCUGGGAAAACCACCUUCGUGAUCAUGGUAUCUCCCCUGCCAGGUAAGUAUGAGUUGCUCGGCCCCAGCCGCCGCCCGCCCUCGCUCGCCCCGCACUCCCAAGCCACGGUGGGGCCCGCCGCGACACGCCCGACGGCCCCGCCCACGCCGGCCCCCACCGCCGCCAUCUGCCCCGACGUGUCCCCGGGGCCCCAGCCUUCUCCACGCCGAGCCCCGGCUGCCGACUUCGGGCCCCGCUCAGCAACCAGCUCCCGCUCCCACAAGGCUCCGCUCGCACACGCAUCUGCAUACGGCCUCCCGCGGCUCCGCCCCUCCGAUCGGGCCCCGCCCCCUGCCUGCCCGGGCCCCGCGCUCUCCCCGGGCCAGUCCCGGCUCUUCAGCGCUCAGAGCCCCGCGGCUGGCCCCACCCCCACCAGAUGCCCUGGCCGAAGGGCCGCCCGGUCCCCGUGGCGGGUGGGCGGCUGCGUCACCUGCUGCCGGGGGAAGAGAGACGCUUAUAAAAUGGUGAUUAUACAACGUAUUUCUCUAGAGUCUUUUCAGGUGCCCAAGAACUAA